AUGGCGGACACGCCGUCGCCGUCACCGAAGGCGGCUGCCGCGGCGGAACCGGGGUCCGCGUCGAUGCCGCUGCUGAGGCGGAGGGGCUCAUACACGCGUUCCAUGUCGCACGCGCGCGAAGAGCUCCGCUCGGACGCCUCCUGCCUAGCGGUCUCCUGGCUCGUGUUCGCCGUGCUCACCGUGGCCAUCCCUGCCGCUGCGCUCACCGCGAUGCCACGGCGCGCCUACGACACGUAG